AUGGACAUUGAAACCGCUAAUGGUGCUAAGAAUAAGGAACCUGAGUAUGAAGUGAGUCUUGUUCCUUGCAAAAUUCGGUUCAAUGGCUCGACAACCGAGUUUCAAGCCCAUUUCAUGGACGAUCAGGAAGAUUUGAGGAAAACCAAUGAUAACCUGGUGACGUCUAUCAGAGGCAGAAAGAUCAUCGGAAAGAAAUUGAAAUUUUUUGAAGAUUCAAAGAUUGUGCUUGCUGACGUGGUUGAGUCGACAGACGACGAUAGUUCGAAUAACGCAGCCUGUAAAACGAAAAGUUACCAAGAAACUGCAGUUGUGACACAGUUGGUGAAUUACGAAAGAGAGGGAAACGAAUCGCGACUCGAAGAAGAGAUGCAUAAGUUCGGAGAGUACCUGGAACUCGUUCGAAUGAUACACAAUUAG